AUGCCUCCGAGUAACCAUAGAAGGCCAAACGCCGCGUCAGUCUCCCCUCACGAACAUCACGACCCCACAGCAUCGCCUCCCAGUGCGUCCGCCGUGCUCAUGGCAACAGACGCCGACGUUGCCGCCACGUCCCCAUACGGGGAGGACCCGCAGAAGGCAGCGGCAGCAGCCAUGGCCAUGACCUCUCCGUGCCCACUUCUCCCUGGCGGGAAGCCCGCCGCCACGCCGUCCGUCUUCUGCUUUCACUCCAUCUGCUACUCCGUAAAUCUAGGCCGGAAGAAGUCGCUGUUCAGCCGAUGCAUCGAGCCGUGCGUCGGGUUCGCCGCGAAGCGCAAGUCCACGCAAUUCACCUCCAUCAGCGACGACGAGGCGAAGGCCUCCGCGCCGCCCAAGAUCCGCGUCAUCCUGAACGAAAUCUCCGGAUUUGCUCGGUCGGGAGAGGUUCUAGCGAUCAUGGGGUCGAGCGGGUGCGGAAAAACGACGCUUUUGGACGUUUUGUCGCACCGGAUCGCGUCCGCGUCUGCUUCGGCGGGGCCGCUGGCGGGGGGCCGGACGGGUUACAUUGAGCUUGGCGACAAGCCGACGACGGACGAUCUCAUGCGACGCAUUUCGGCAUACGUGAUGCAGGACGACCUGAUGUACGCGACGCUGACGGCGCGCGAGACGCUCAUGUUCUCGGCGGAGAUGAACCUGCCGCGAAGCUUCUCGUACAAGGAGAAGCAGGAGCGCGUGGAGCGGCUGCUGGAGCUGCUGAGCCUGCAGCACGCGGCGAACACGCUCAUCGGGAACGAGAACCUCAGAGGCGUGUCCGGCGGCGAGCGCAAGCGCGUGGCGAUCGGCGCGCACAUCGUGCACGACCCGAAGAUCCUAUUCCUGGACGAGCCCACCUCGGGGCUCGAUUCCUCCAACGCGUACCGCGUGGUGAAGAUCCUCAAGGACAUCGCGAUCACGUCGGAGAGCGUGGUGAUCAUGGUGAUUCACCAGCCGUCGUUCCGCGUGCUGGAGCAGAUCGACCAGCUGCUGCUGCUCUCCACCGGCAACAUGAUCUUCUUCGGCCCGCCGCCGCACCUCCCGGCCUUCUUCGACGCCUUCGGCACGCCCGUGCCGAAAUUCGCGAACCCGACGGAGUUUGCUCUUGAGCUGCUGGAGCAGCUUAAGAGCACGUCGGAGGCGGCUCUCAUGGAGCUGAAGGGGGAGGAGGAGGAGCAGGAGGAGGAGGUGGAGUCGGGGCACAAGGGCACGCACCGGUACGCCAACUCGUGGUUCCGCGAGUUUUACAUCCUGUUCGUGCGGUCGGGGCUGAUGAUCAUCCGCAACCCGCUGCUCUACUUCCUGCGCCUCAUGCUGCUCACCGUCGCCGGAUUCCUCCUCGCCUCGCUCUUCUUCAAGCCGAGUCAUGAUCCGAAGGGCAUGUUGGAGCGGCUGGCGUACCUGUCGUUCAUCGUGGCCAUGCUCUUCUUCUGCUCCGCUGACGCCACGCCCAUCUUCAUCAUGGAGCGCAACAUAUUCAUCCGCGAGACGUCGCACAACACGUACCGCGCGUCGACGUACGUGGUGGCGACGAUGGCGGUGUACAUUCCGCUGCAGGCGCUCAUGGCGGCGACGCUCACGCUCGAGUCGUGGUGGACCGUCGGGCUGUCGGGCGGCGCCUCGGGCGCGUUCUUCUUCGGCACCAUCUGCUUCCUCUGCCUCUUCACCGGCAACGCCAUCGCCACCUUCGCCAGUUCCUUCUUUAAGAACAUGAUCCUGGCGUACGCGACGGUGAUAUCGACGAUGGCGUAUUUCACGCUGGUGUCGGGGUUCUACAUCCACCGCACGUCCAUCCCCAAGUUCUGGAUCUGGCUGCACUACAUCUCGCCCAUGAAGUACGCCUUCGAGGCGCUCGUGCAGAACGAGUUCGUCAGGGACACGGGGCCAUGCUACCUGACGCUGAACGGGGCGUUUGACAUUGAGCCCGUCAGCACGUACGUGAACACGACGCGGCUGAAGCCGGCGCUCAUGUCGUUCCUGCCCAACGUGGUGACGCCGGGCGUGGGCCCGCUGACGGCGCAGUCGUGCAUCAUGACGGGCACGUUCAUCAGCCGCAAGUACCUGGAUAUCGUGGAGCUGACCAAGUACCAGAGCAUGGCUGUGCUGUUCUCCAUGGCCGUGGCGGUGAGAAUUGGGUACUUUUUGGUGCUCACGCUGAUUUACAAGGCCAAGAGGAAGUAG